CUGUUUGCUCACUCAAAUUCAUUGGUGGCUAAGCUUAACCUCUUUGGAAUACAGAGCGGCAAGAAUAUCUCACGAAGGCAUCAAAGAAGUACCAACCAUCGUAUAUGAAGAGCCCAAAAACUAGCUUAUUUGAACAAAAAAGUAUCUCUCGGAAGCACAAAAUCUAUCAAAAUCAUUCAAGCAAAUGGUAAUGAAGCAAACGACUCAUUCACAAGUCAAAAGUCCAAGAAUGAAAAGAGCUCCUCUUCACAUAUGUCUGAAUACUUUCUUACAAAAUAUGACAGAUAUGAUAAAAAUGAUGAGUUAAAAUAAACUCAUGCUGAAAGUAACAGAUUAUACAAGCAUAAAUUAUCAAUCUGUCCAGAAUGAAACCAGGCAUGUACCUGCCAAGCGGCCUUCAAAAGACCCCUAUGCAUUCAACCUUCAUAGCAAUGAGCCGAAGUACAAACCAAGAGAGUACAUGAGACAGAUUAGGAAGAUUGCUAAGGAAAUGGCUAAAGAGGAGAGAGCAAAAGCAGCUCCUACCUUCAAACAAGUCGGUCUUCAGUAUUUACCCAAAGAGAGGCUAAAAAGUUCUGAGUUUAUGCUUGAUAAACCACCUUCGAGCACUAAAUUUCCAUCCCUCAAUGCUGAGCAAAGAAGGAAUUUUGAUAUUAUGUCGAAUCCCUCAGCAAUGCUGACCAAAUGUCCUCUAAGUGAUAAUGAAGAUUCAUGAAAUAAAUCAGUUUUAUUAAAUAACGACCUCUCUUCAGUGAACAUAGAUGAUAUGCCAACAAAGCAGCCUGAAAGACCGCAAGAAAUGAAGCACAGAGCCUAUGUUUGUCGAAAGAAUCUCACUCAGCCAAGAAGAAGGGACUCAAACAAGCCUACAACUUUAAAUCAGAAAGAGUUCCUUGAAAAAGAAAAGACAACAAGAAUUCCUCCACCUCCAGCUAAGAAACAGAGCGAGGAGCCAGUGACAGCGUCUUCCCUGCUCUCGCGUCAGAACAUCAGCAAGCGGACAAAGACCCUAAGAGGAGGGUAUGGGUACUUCUACAACUUCAACCAAAACGCUAAAAAUUUGAACGUAAAAAUCGACCAAUUCAUCAAAGAAAACAUCCCUGAAGGCACAAAGGAGGCACAACAAGAGCUAAAUUUAGAGAAACUUGAUCACAAGAAACAAUACCAGCGGUAUAUAAAGACAAAGCCCAUGACAGUCAAGAAGUGGGACCAGUACAACCAGAAGUGGGAAGCUUUCAUCCAAAAUGUGGAUAAGGGCAAAGCUGACGAAGUCUCAGAGAAAGAUAUCCCAUGGCCAGUGGAUGUUACCACCUUCUUAUAUUACUGCAAGGACCUCUUAAUUCGAAACAAAGAGGUUAAAUCUAUAGAUACCGAAGCUAAGGUUUGGACGAAGGCGAAAUUCUUUGCGCUCAAAAGGUAUCAUCCGGAUAAGAUAGACCAUAAUUUGGGCCACCUGAUUGUUGAUUGCGACCGCGAAGAGAUCUCCAAAAGGUCCAAUGCCAUUUGCCAAAUAGUAACUACAUUAUUUGAAAAGAUUCUAUAA